AGGUAUGACAUGACCUUAAAACCCUCAGAAAUAUGUUCAAACUUUCCAUAAUCUGCCAAAUUUUGUAAAAUGGACAUGGGAUUUAGGGGUUGUGGCCGCAAAACGGGCGUGGUCAAAACUGUUUUGCUACGCAUAUCACGGAAGAACUUCUUGUCCGCCUUUCCGAUUUUGAAAUGUUUGGAGGUGUGCUAUCCACUCCCUAUGACCCCAGCCAGGCCGGUAUACUUCUGCCAAAAAUGUUGCAACCCUAGUCACCAGUGUCGUCUCCCCGCACAAACUGAAAGGUGAACCCCUGCUGGGCGCCCAGUCCCCCCUACAGCUUCAGAGUCUGUUUCCACUGUAUUUAUGCCACUGAAUUUGGCCAUCUAUGUACAUGGCAACACUGGAAGUAGGGUCGGACUGCACCAGCCGGACACCGGGAAAAAAAACGAUGGGCCCCGCCGGCCCAGUCCCACUAUUCACGCUGUCCCUCAGACCUACCUCCCGGCCUCAGCCGCAAACAGGAAUAAAGGUUGCUCAGCUAAAGUGAAACCGACAAAAGAAGUUGCUUCAGAUACUUUUUGCACAUGGCUGAAACCUCAGAGAUGGAGAAUUACACCUUUCCAGCGUCAUUUGCGUGGGGGGCAGCAACUGCCGCUUAUCAAAUUGAAGGAGGAUGGGAUGCAGAUGGGAAAGGCCCCAGUGUCUGGGAUACAUUCACCCAUCAGGGAGGAGAUAGAGUUUUCAAGAACCAGACUGGAGAUGUAGCUUGUGGCAGCUAUACUCUGUGGGAGGAAGAUUUGAAAUGCAUCAAACAGCUUGGAUUGACUCAUUACCGCUUUUCCCUUUCCUGGUCACGUCUGUUACCUGAUGGGACGACAGGUUUUAUCAACCAGAAAGGUAUUGAAUAUUACAACAAGGUGAUUAACAGUCUCCUUGAAAAUAAUAUCAGCCCAGUGGUGACAUUGUAUCAUUUUGAUAUGCCUCAAGCUGUAGAAGAUCUUGGUGGCUGGAGGUCUGAAAAAACAGUUGAUAUUUUUGAAAAAUAUGCACAAUUCUGUUAUGAAACAUUUGGAGACAGAGUGAAACUUUGGAUUACCAUUAAUGAACCCUAUAUCGUUGCCAGAUUUGCCUAUGAAGAAGGCAUCUUGGCACCAGCCAAAAAGCACCCAGGCUAUGGAGCAUAUGAAGCUGGCCACAAUAUGUUAAGGGCACAUGCUAAAGCAUGGCAUAACUAUAACACAAACUUUAAGAAACAGCAAAAUGGAGCAGUUUCCAUUGCUCUUUGUUCUGACUGGGCCGAACCUUUUAAUCCAAGCUCUGCCGCAGAUAAAGAAGCAACCAAUCGCUAUUUAGCAUUUUACCUUGAUUGGUUUGCAAAGCCAGUGUUCAUCGAUGGUGAUUAUCCAGUUUCAAUGAAACUGAAGAUUUCUGAGAAUAGCAAGAAGGAAGGUUUGAAGACCUCAAGACUUCCGGAGCUAACUGAAGAAGAAAAGGCCUUGAUCAAAGGCACAGCUGACUUCUUCUGUUUAAAUUACUAUACUUCUAGAAAAAUAAAGCAUUGUACAGUUGCUUCAGAAGACCCUAGUUUCAUUUGUGACCUUUCGCUAGAAGAGAUAAAGGAUCCUGACUGGCCACAAUGUGCCCCAGAGUGGUUAGCUGUAGUUCCAUGGGGACUUCGUAAACUGCUGAAAUAUAUUAAGAAAACCUUCAACAACCCACUCAUUUACAUAACUGAAAAUGGAUUUGGCCAGAAUGAUCCUCCAUUACUCGAGGACACACAGAGAUGGAAAUUCUUUGAAGAAACACUCAGAGAGGUUUCCAAAGCUAUCAACAUAGAUGGGGUCAACGUUCAGGGGUAUUUUGUCUGGUCCCUGAUGGACAACUUUGAGUGGAUAUAUGGAAAUAAUGCACGAUUUGGGUUGUUUCAUGUGGAUUUUGAUCAGGCUACCCUUCCAAGGACACCUUACCUUUCAGCGCUAAAAUACAGCAAUGUUGUGAAAAGAAAUGGAUUAGAAGGACAGGCAGAUAAUUAUGUCAUUAAAGGACCAAUAACAUCAAAUAAAAACAAGAUUCCUUUAAAGGGGUCACAAACCCAAAUAUAGCAUGUUAGUAAAUGAAAGUAAAUAUGAUUCCAAUAUAUAUAUAUAU